AUGACAAAACACAGCAAAAACAAUACAGCAUCCUCCAUCUUCAGCUACGCAGAGUAUAAGAAGCUGGACUAUGGCACGAAACGCCAACGUCUAGGCAACGAAUCAAUGCGUCGUUUCGACGCAUGCGCACUAUGCCUCAACCGCGCUCGGGAGCCUCUAGCUUGCACCGAGGGCCAUUUAUUCUGUAAAGAAUGCGUAUACACCGAUCUCCUGACACAGAAAAAGGACAUCAAACGACAAAAGGAACGCCUGGACGCGAUGAAGAAGGAAGCGGAGGAGGAAAGGACACGCGUUCGAGCGGCUGCGCGUGAACGUGUUUUGCUGGAGUUUGAGAAGGGGCACCGUCUCAUGAUAAUUUCCACGCUUUAUUUUCUUAUCAACCAACAAAACACACAAAAAGGCAGAGGCACCAAACGCAAAUUCGAAUUCUCCUCAACAACGGUCGAAUCCCUCGCCCACGAAGCAGAGGAAUCAGCGGUUGCGCAGAUCGAAAAAGAACAAGCAGAGGCGCUGAAGCAUAAAUUGCCCGACUUUUGGCUCCCCUCGUUGACGCCUACGUUUACGUCUAAUGGGCCACCGCAGUCGUUGAUGGAUAUUAAAGUCCAGACGACGUGUCGGGGCGGGACUCCGGCGCAUCCUAUUGCAUUGAAGAACCUGAUCCCCGUCAAAUUCACAUUCUACUCCUCGGACGAACCAGAACCAAUGUGUCCGUCAUGUAAGAAACAUCUGUCAAAUAGCUCAAUCAUGUUCUACCCUUUCUCUUCACCUCAAGAUGGCUUAUACUUUGUGUGCACAGUGAUGAAACCCUGCGCCCACGUAACCUGCAAGACAUGCACAGACUCACUCGUGCGUCCUGCAAAACAGUGUAUAGUGUGUGAUACGCAGCUCAAGGAGAAGGAUGUUAUUGAACUUAAGCGGGAAGGCACAGGUUUCGCAGGUGGCGGAAUGGCAGAGACUUCGAGGGCUGGGAUCGCAUUCCAGGGGUAG